AUGAUCAACGACGGCGCUACAGAGAUCGCCGUGCUUCCGCUCCACGGUCACAGCGACCAGGCUGUCGUGGAGGACGUGCGCAAGUCGGACAUUAAGAUCAGCUCUCCUUCGAUCGAGGCUGAUAAUGGUGGAGACUUUCCUCGUCAUGCCGACCCCGAGCUCUCGGUCCUGGUGCAGGCAAAGUCUUCCCGCUUUGUGCGCGUCAAGCAGGCGCUUGCCAGCUCGCCUUUCGCUCGUCUUCUUGGCAUGAGGACCGCGCUUGACCACACUAAAAAGGCAGCUGCUCUCGCCAAGGAAGAGGCAGUCCUGACCACCCUUGCCCACUGGUCGAUCCGGCCCUUGGACGAGUCAUUCGCCCAGCUCGCCAGCUCUCCCCGAGGUAUCCAUGCCAAAGCCGCUGCCAGCAGGCUCAAGCUCGACGGCCCCAACCAGGUCGCCAGCUCUCAGAAGCAGCCCUGGUGGAAACUCCUCAUCAGCAACAUCGUCAACCCCUUCAACGCCAUCCUCACCAUCCUCGCUGUAGUCGCCAUCUCCACCGAUGACCACUCCACCUUCGCCAUCCUCAUGCUCAUGGUCGUGCUCAGCGUCUCGCUCCGCUUCAUCCAGGAACACAAGUCCGCCAACAAGGUGUAUGCGCUCAAGUCGCUUAUCGACAGCUCCUGCCUGGUUCUUGGCAGAAAUUCGGACGACGAGCAGAAGCCCGUCAAGAUCGAUCGAUCCCAGCUCGUUGUUGGCGAUGUGAUCCGCGUGGCCACCGGCUCGGUCGUCCCUGCAGACUGCAUCGUCAUUGCCUCCAAGAUGCUCACUGUCUCCCAGAGCUCCUUGACCGGCGAAGGCCUGCCGGUGGAAAAGUAUGCACUGGGCACCUCUUCUGCCACCAACCUCUCCUCUGCCAACUCGUUUGACUGUCCACCCGGUGCGGAAGUGCCUUGCUCGGCCAAGGGCACUUCGGCCACCAUGGAUCGACCCAAUCUUCUCUUUAUGGGCACCCAUGUGGUGUCUGGUCAUGCGGAUGCACUCGUCGUUGCCACGGGCGACCGCACCUACGUCGGCACCGUCGCCUGUGUCUCUGACGACUUGCAGGUGCAGAACGACUUCCAACGCGGCAUUUCGCACAUCUCGAUGCUUCUGCUGGCUUUCAUGUUGGUCAUGGCUCCCACCGUGCUCAUCAUCGACGGCUUUGUCACCAAGGACUGGAAAAACGCCGCCCUCUUCUGCCUUUCCGUCGCCGUUGGGCUCGUUCCAGAGAUGCUGCCCAUGGUCACUACCGCCAACCUCGCUCGUGGCGCCAUCAUCGUUGCAAAGAAAAAGGCCAUUGUCAAGAAGCUAGAUGCGGUACAGCUGCUGGGUGCCAUCGACGUGCUGUGCAGCGACAAGACCGGCACCCUCACCGAGGACCAUGUUACCGUCGCCUCGACCUGCGCUCCGGACGGCAAGAUUUGCGACACGCCGGUACACCUCGCCUACCUCAACGCCAAGCUGCAGACGUCCGAGUUUAUCAACAACAUCGACAAUGCCAUCCUGUCGCACGUUGGAGACCAGGCCCUUUCGACUCGGCUGCUGGAGGGCAAGACCAAGGUGGCCGAUAUCCCCUUUGACUUCUACCGCCGCGUUGUGUCGGUGGUGUACAGUGACGAACAGGGCGAUGCGGACAAGCUGCACCUGGUGUGCAAGGGUGCUGCCGAAGAGGUGGUUCGUCGAUGCACCCACGUUCGUCUUUCCGCCUCGUCACUGGACAAGAUCGACGUGGAUGCAUGCACGGCUCGCAUUGAUGCCAUCGCCGAGCGCGGCGAGCGCGUGAUUGCGGUUGCGUCGCGACGCGUCGCCCGCUCGCUGCUGAUCAACGGUGUUGCGACGCCCGAACUGGAAGCCGAGAUGGUUCUGGAGGGGUUUGUAUCGAUCCUGGACCCGCCAAAGGCCGAUGCGAAGAAUGCAAUCGCACAACUGCGCGAGCUGGGCGUGCAGACCAAGGUGCUCACCGGCGAUGCACUUCCCACGGCUCGGAGGGUGUGCGAGAUCAUCAACCUGCUCCCCGAGACCCCUGGUGCAAGCGAGCUCUGCAUCACGGGUAUUGAGCUGUCGCAGCUGGGGCCGGUUGCAUUUGCGCGUGCCGUGGAGCAGAAGGUGGUGUUCGCCAAGCUGACCCCGAUUCAGAAGCUCGAGGUGGUGCGUGCACUUCGGGCCCAGUGUCACCAGGUUGCUUUUCUCGGCGAUGGCGUCAACGACGGUCCGGCCCUGCGCGGGGCCAGCUGCGGUAUCUCGGUCAACACCGGAUGCGAUAUCGCCAAGGAUGCAGCCGAUGUCAUUCUGACGCAGAAGAAUCUGGAUGUGAUCCGCGAUGCGGUGAUCGUCGGACGUGUGUCGUUCGUCAACACGCUCAAGUACAUCAAGAUGGCAGCCUCGUCCAACUUUGGCAAUGUCUUUUCCGUCACUGUUGCCGCAUCGUGGCUGCCCUUCCUGCCGAUGAGCCCGACGCAGCUGCUGACGCAGAAUCUGCUAUACGACAUUUCGCAAGCCUCGAUUCCGUGGGACAAUGUGGACGAAGACAUGAUCCGGGCUCCGGUGAGCUGGUCCACCAAGAGCAUGCUCAAGUUCAUGCUGUGCAUCGGCCCGCUUUCGUCGCCGUUUGACAUUCUCACGUUCGUCGUCAACUGGUUCUACUUUGGUCUACGCAACGCCAACGAUGCUGAACAGGUGGCUAGGUUUCAGACGCACUGGUUCCUCGAGGGUUGUUUGACCCAGGUGGCUAUCGUUCACGUGCUGCGCACCGCCAAGUUUCCCUUUGUCCAGAGCCGCGCUAGCUGGCAGGUAUGCCUCACCACCGCUCUCAUCGCCGUCAUCUCCAUGGUCGCACCGUACCUGCCGUUCCUCCGAAACGCCCUGCAGAUGACACUGCCAGACCCCAUGUUCUAUGCUUUCCUCUUCCCUUACCUCGUGGCAUACGUACUCAUCGUCCAGGUGGCAAAGGUCGUCUACCUCCGCUUCAACCGCAUCUGGCUCUAA